ACGCCGUGGGUGAAACUCCGCGGCGCCCGAGCUUCUCUCGCGCUCCAGCCUCAACUUCCCAGAAUGCAGCGCGCCUCCCCGAGUCCCCAGUGCGCCGCCAUGUUGUUGAAGUGAAAGGCAGGGGGAGCGGCAGCCAGAGCUAGAGGCCGGGGGGAGGGGGGGGCCGUUGAGAUCCGUCUUCAUCCUACCGUUCCGCCCGUACUGGUGGAAUGAGCGUUGCAUGUGUUUUGAAGAGAAAAGCAGUGCUCUGGCAGGACUCUUUCAGCCCCCACCUGAAACAGCACAGUCAAGAUACAGCUAAUCCCAACAUGCCUGUUGUUUUGACAUCUGGAACAGGGUCCCAGGCUCAGACACAGCCAGCUGCAAAUCAAGCCCUUGCAGCAGGGACCCACUCCAGCCCUGUUCCUGGAUCCAUAGGGGUUGCAGGUCGCUCCCAGGACGACGCAAUGGUGGAUUACUUCUUUCAGAGGCAGCAUGGUGAGCAGCUUGGGGGAGGCGGAAGUGGUGGAGGCAGCUAUAAUAACAGCAAACAUCGGUGGCCUACUGGGGAUAACAUUCAUGCUGAACAUCAGGUUCGAUCCAUGGAUGAAUUAAAUCAUGAUUUUCAAGCACUUGCUUUGGAAGGAAGGGCGAUGGGGGAGCAGCUUUUGCCAGGGAAAAAAUUUUGGGAAUCUGACGAUUCAAGCAAAGAUGGACCAAAAGGAAUAUUUUUGGGUGAUCAGUGGAGAGACAGCGCUUGGGGGACAUCAGAUCAUUCUGUUUCCCAACCAAUCAUGGUUCAGAGAAGACCUGGUCAAGGUUUUCACGUGAAUAAUGAAGUUAAUUCAGUGCUGUCUCCACGAUCGGAAAGUGGUGGGCUUGGCGUUAGCAUGGUAGAAUAUGUGUUGAGUUCAUCCCCUGGGGACUCCUGCCUCAGAAAAGGAGGAUUUGGGCCAAGGGAUGCAGAGAAUGAUGACAAUGAUAAAGGAGACAAGAAAAAUAAGGGUACAUUUGAUGGCGAUAAAUUAGGUGAUUUGAAGGAAGAGGGAGACGUAAUGGACAAGGCUAAUGGUUUGCCUGUGCAAAAUGGAAUCGAUGCGGAUGCAAAAGAUUUUAGCAAACCAGGAAAAAGAACUGGAGUGCUUCUCCCAAUUCCUUCUUCCAGAAGGAGAGGCAGAACACCAGGAAACUGUCAGAACUCUGCCAAUGAUGUGGAUCUUUUAGGGCCAAACCAGAAUGGAUCAGAGAGCUUAGCCCAGUUAGCUAAUACUAAUGGUGCCAAGCCCGUGGAGGAUUUCUCUAACAUGGAGUCCCAGAGUGUUCCUCUGGAUCCCAUGGAGCAUGUUGGCAUGGAGCCACUUCAGUUUGAUUACUCUGGCACCCAAGUACCUGUGGAUUCUGCUGCGGCAACUGUGGGCUUAUUUGAUUACAACUCACAACAACAGCUGUUCCAAAGACCGAAUGCACUCGCUGUCCAGCAACUGACAGCAGCCCAACAACAGCAAUACGCAUUAGCAGCUGCCCAUCAGCCUCACAUAGGUAUGUUUUCAGCAGGUUUAGCCCCUGCUGCCUUUGUGCCCAACCCUUACAUCAUCAGCGCUGCUCCACCAGGAACGGAUCCCUACGCAGCAGGACUUGCAGCAGCUGCGACUUUAGGGCCUGCCGUUGUCCCCCAUCAAUAUUAUGGAGUAGCUCCCUGGGGAGUAUAUCCCGCCAGUCUUUUCCAGCAACAAGCUGCCGCCGCCGCUGCCACAAACUCCUCCAAUCAACAGACCUCUCAGCAGACCCAACAAGGGCAACAGCAGGUUCUCCGGGGAGGAGCCAGCCAGCGCCCUUUGACCCCAAAUCAGAACCAACAGGGCCAGCAGACGGAUCCUUUAGUGGCUGCAGCAGCAGUGAAUUCAGCUCUUGCUUUCGGACAGGGGCUGGCAGCAGGAAUGCCAGGUUAUCCAGUCCUGGCUCCUGCUGCCUAUUAUGACCAAACAGGUGCUCUUGUGGUGAAUACAGGGGCAAGGAAUGGCCUUGGAGCUCCGGUACGGCUGGUAGCUCCUGCUCCUGUCAUCAUCAGUUCCUCAGCUGCACAAGCAGCGGUUGCAGCUGCUGCAGCUUCAGCAAACGGUGCUGCUGGUGGCCUCGCAGGAACGACCAGUGGACCAUUUCGACCUCUCGGGACUCAACAGCCUCAGCCGCAGCAACAGCCCACCAGCAACUUGGCCUCCAGCUCCUUUUACGGCAACAAUUCCCUAACUAGCAAUUCGCAGAGCAGCUCGCUCUUUUCUCAGGGCUCUGCCCAACCUGCCAACACUUCCCUCGGCUUUGGGAGCAGCAGUUCCCUUGGUGCUACCCUGGGGUCUGCGCUGGGAGGCUUCGGAACAGCAGUUGCCAAUUCCAACACAGGCAGCGGUUCUCGCAGAGAUUCCCUCACAGGCAGCACUGAUCUCUACAAGAGGACAUCCAGCAAUUUGACUCCUAUAGGACAUAGCUUUUAUAAUGGCCUUGGAUUUUCCUCUUCACCGGGUCCGGUAGGCAUGCCUUUGCCUAGUCAAGGACCUGGCCAUUCUCAGACUCCCCCACCAUCUUUGUCUUCUCAUGGCUCCUCUUCAAGCUUAAACCUUGGCGGUCUCACAAAUGGAAGUGGCCGUUACAUCUCUGCUGCCCCUGGAGCUGAAGCCAAGUACCGGAGUGCAAGCAGCGCUUCCAGUCUCUUCAGUCCCAGCAGCACCCUCUUCCCGUCCUCGCGUUUGCGCUAUGGGAUGUCCGAUGUCAUGCCCUCCGGCCGCAGCAGGCUGCUCGAAGACUUCCGUAAUAACCGGUACCCAAACCUGCAGUUGAGAGAGAUUGCUGGUCACAUUAUGGAAUUUUCCCAGGAUCAACAUGGAUCAAGGUUUAUCCAGCUUAAACUGGAACGUGCCACCCCAGCUGAAAGACAGCUUGUCUUCAAUGAAAUCCUACAGGCAGCCUAUCAGCUGAUGGUUGAUGUAUUUGGAAAUUAUGUAAUCCAGAAAUUUUUUGAGUUUGGCAGCCUAGAACAGAAGCUGGCCUUAGCAGAACGUAUCCGUGGCCAUGUCCUUUCCCUGGCUUUGCAGAUGUACGGCUGCCGAGUUAUACAAAAGGCUCUUGAGUUUAUUCCCCCAGACCAGCAGGUAAUUAACGAGAUGGUCCGAGAACUGGAUGGCCACGUCUUGAAAUGUGUAAAAGACCAGAAUGGAAAUCAUGUUGUGCAAAAAUGCAUUGAAUGUGUGCAGCCACAAUCCUUGCAGUUUAUAAUUGAUGCAUUUAAGGGGCAGGUGUUUGCCUUGUCAACCCAUCCCUAUGGCUGCCGGGUCAUUCAGAGGAUCCUUGAACACUGUCUACCUGAACAGACCCUCCCUAUCCUGGAAGAGCUUCAUCAACACACAGAACAGCUUGUGCAGGAUCAAUAUGGGAACUAUGUUAUCCAACAUGUACUUGAACAUGGGCGACCUGAAGAUAAAAGCAAGAUCGUGGCAGAAAUUAGAGGCAACGUGCUUGUACUGAGUCAGCACAAAUUUGCCAGCAAUGUCGUGGAGAAAUGCGUCACGCAUGCCUCCCGCACUGAACGAGCCAUGCUGAUUGAUGAGGUGUGUACUAUGAACGAUGGCCCUCACAGUGCCUUAUACACCAUGAUGAAAGAUCAGUAUGCCAAUUACGUGGUACAGAAAAUGAUUGAUGUGGCAGAGCCAGCCCAAAGGAAGAUUGUGAUGCACAAGAUCCGACCUCACAUUGCCACUCUCCGCAAAUACACGUACGGGAAACACAUCUUGGCCAAGCUGGAGAAGUAUUACAUGAAGAACGGGGUUGACCUUGGGCCUAUUUGUGGACCACCAAAUGGCAUCAUCUGAAACACUGAGCUGCGGAAGAGAAUUUGUGACCAUAGUACCUGGAAUUCACAACCAGCAACCUGUCAAGCUCUAAUAUAUACUUUGAAAAAUAUUCAUGGUUGCUCAACAUAUAGAUAUUACGAGAACGACAAAAUAAAACUAGUCAACAAAUUUAAACAGAAAAAAGCUGGGAGGGGAAGGGAGGAAAAAAAAAUCCCCUUUGUAAAUUUCUUUAAUUUUAUCCUGCAUAACAUGUACUAAUUAUUUUUUUAAAUUGCCCUGCUGUUUCAGUGGUGUAUAGAAUUCUUGUACAUAGGCAACAAAUGUACAUGGAAAGCCACAUUUUUGUUCACUGAUGUAACUAUUUCAAAUAUGGAAACUUUCAAAGUGGCUAAUAUGAAAUUUAAAAAAAAAAAAAACGUUUUUAACUCCUCUACCUUACAGGAGAGCUUUUUGGAAACAACCGUUUUGUUCUCUUUUAGUCCACACUCAAGGAGAAGUUUUAGUUAAAUUGCGCAGAUCUGCAUUUAACACUGUUUAUAAAUUAAAAAAAAAAAUCAGUUUGCUAAAGCUUCAAUUUAAGGUAAGUUUUUAAGUUUCACAGACUUUUAAAAAAUUCCUUUUUCAUAGUACUAAGUGCUAAAGAAUUGAGCUUAGCAGUCAACUUUGGGGAGAAAACAUACACACCAAGAGUUUUUUUUAAAUAGCUGGUUGGUGUGUGGUUACUGCCCUACUACAGUUCUUCUGUUAACACAGAGGCAAUUUUUUUUAAUUAUUUAGCAUGUAGAAAAGAAUCCAAUUCAACUUUGGUCUUGCUUCUAUAAAUAUAUAGUGUAUACUUGGUGUAGACUUUGCAUAUAUAAAAAUUUGUAGUAUUUUCUUGUUUUGAUGUCUAAUCUGUAUCUAUAAUGUACCCUAGUAGUGGAACAUACUUUUGAUUGUACAAUUGUACAUUUGUAAACCUCUGUAAUGUAAAUGUGGAGAAGUUUGAAUCAACAUAAACCCAUUUUUGGUAAGAAAAUAAAUUAGCAAAACCUGUGCAUUUCAGUGUAUAUUCACCCCUUUUAUGGUCGUAGCAUAUAGUGUUGUAUAUUGUAAAUUGUAAUUUCAACCAGAAGUAAAUUUUUUUCUUUGGAAAGAAAUGUUCUCUUUAUACAGCCUGGUUAAUGUUUAAAAGGAAAAAUGCUUGGGUUUUUUUUUUUUUUUAUUUGUCACCUAGUCAAGAGAGUAGCAAUCCUUUCUAAAUGUUACACACAAACGAUUCAGUUAAAAAAUAGUGUUUAUUUGACUCUUUGAAAAAAGAAAAGCAAUGUUUUACUUAUUUUGUGGCAGUAAAAAAAUAAAAUAAAAACACACCCCUUAAUUCCUUUUCAAUCAGAGUCCCUCUCUCACCUUGUAAAGUGUGAAAUCACUUUGCCUUUUUGUACAGAAGAUAAACUGUAUUUUGCAUUUUGUCUACUUGUAAGUGAAUGUAACAUACUGUCAAUUUUCCUUGUUUGAAUAUAGAAUUGUAACACUACACGGUGUACAUUUACAGAGCCUUGUGUAUAUUUCCAAUGAACCUUUUUGCGAGCACACUUGUAACCAUAUGUGUAUAAUUAACAAACCUGUGUAUGCUUAUGCCUGGGCAACUAUUUUUUGUAACUCUUGUGUAGAUUGUCUCUAAACAAUGUGUGAUCUUUAUUUUGAAAAAUACAGAACUUUGGAAUCUG